GCUUGUCGCUGGUGGACGCGAUUCGGUGGUUUCGAUUCCGCGAUAUUCGUUGGUUCGGUGCCGUUUUACACAGCUCGAGUGGAGUGUUGGUGACAACUGAGUGCCCCAAGGGUGGACAAGAGUGCAAUAAAUUGACAAACUUCCAGGAUCGAAGAGCAUCGGCGGCCAUGGGCCACGCAUAAUCGCUGUCCUAGAGCCAAGACCUCCGAGGAUGGAGACCAGCAGCAGUGUCGUGGCGGAGAUGGAGGCCUCCAGUCCAGCUGAUCACGGCCAGCCCACCCAGAUCACCUCCAUCGAUGGCUUCUUCAAUCGCAAGCGGGGUCGUCCGCCUAAGAAUCGCUUUGUGGAGGUCUACAAGAGCGCCCAGCACUCGCCGCAGGCCAUCUUCACCAGCUUCAAGCUGGAGAGGAGCGAUCACCCCGGUCAUGGUGCACCUGUUCCCGGUGGCUCGGCGGUGGAGAGCGCAGAGGAUCGUCUGUCCCAGGCGGAUCUCGAGGCGUCGGCCACCGAUCUCACACCUAGUCGCAACCGGAAACGGGGUCGUGUUUGGGCCCCAUCGUCAUCCUCCUCAGUUUUGGAGCAGCCGAGCAAGAGGAGCUCACUCCAUCCGCCCCACCUGGCAGCCAGGAGUGAGACCCUGCCCCGGAGCAGCCGCAAUGAGUCUUCAGCACAGCCCAAUUUACCGCCUUCAGAAACUUUAGACGCAUUAUCGUCAAAAAAUGUAUUAAGGAGAGAUCUGGAUAAGGUUUCCGUUGUUCGAGCCGCGGGCACCUUUUACCCGGAGAAUGCUGCGCAUCAGGAAGUGCCGGACGCGGGGGCCUCGAGGCACACGAGUGGCCAGGAAUCGGCGGACCAGGAAGCCGACCAGCCGGAGGAUCUGAGCAUGCGUUCGUCUCUUCUUCCUCCGGAGGCGACGGCCACACCAGCGGGAGUGGGACCAGCCCUGAAUAUGAAUCUGCUGCAGUUCAAGCAGCUGAUCGACUUGUACCAGCGCCAGGUGCUGCUGCCCAGCUUCCUGGCGGCAGCCAGUCAACCCCUGGCCACCGGGCUACCUGGAUCGGGAUCGGGAGCAGUACCUGGACCCCUUCUGGACAUGCGCCUUCUGCUGGAGAACGCCGCCCACCAAAAGCUGCUCCUCCUGAAUGCAGCUGCCAGUGCAUCGGCAACUGCAGUGGGCACUGCGACCGAUCCUGGUGGCCAGCGGACCGCGGUGAAGAGGAUCCGGGACCACGACAUACCCACUGGCUACCUGAAGUUCCGUUUCAACGAGGACUGCGGCUUCGAGCGCUGUGGCUACCGCAACCACCAGUCGCACUUCCACUGCAACCGGCGGGACUGCCACUACAGCUUCUGCGACAAGACGCGGUUUGUGCAGCACACGGCGCGCCACGAGCGGAUGGACACGCUGAUGGGCGACGACUUCCGGCAGUUCCGGGCCAACAUGCAGUGCGGGGUGGCCACCUGCUCGUACUCCGCUGCGGCGGCAGGAGCCACGGACUCCAACCACCAAAGCCGGAUGGAUGCAACAGAGGCGGGUUCGACGGGAUCUAGGAAGACCUCGCACUUCCACUGCCGCAAGUGCGACUACGUCUGCACGGACUCCAACAAGGUGGUGGCCCACCGACGACUGCACCUUCGCCAGGACUACGUGCGGAGUGCGGGAUUCCGCAAGGUGGGCGGAAACGAGCCGUGCGAUUCUCCGGGCUGCUCCUACGCCCAGCGGCACACGCACUACCACUGCGACACCUGCGACGGCGGAGUCCUCUCGCGGGCCCAACUGGCAGCCCACAAGCACCGGACAGCGCUCCCCAAACCGGAAGCGGCUACCACUCCCUGAAUGUCAUACGAAAAUACAGACCCUAGGAUAUCAGACUCCUAACUCUAAAAUAAUAAAGUAACUGAAAGAAAUGCA